UCGAGGGCGGUCGUAGGAUUAAAAGCUCUAAUUUGUAAAAUCUGAUAUAUAUCGAGCUGAUAUGGCGACUUAAUAAAUAAAAAGCAAUGUUUAUUAUAUGUCGUAAUUUAAUUAUGUGGUAUGAAUUCAUCAGCUGUUUUAGUGUCUUUGUGCGUUAUUCGCAUUGAGAUUUGUGAUUUGGAGUUAGAAGAGACCACCAGUACGAUGGCUUCAAAGAAAAUGAGAGGUUGCAGAGAACUAAGGGAUAUCAAUGUUGAGACUUAUACAAACAAGGCAGAGACUACAUCUCCAUUAUUAUCAAACCAAAGCACAAGCAAAUCUCAUUCGUUCUCAAGAACUAAUUCCGAAGAGACAUCAUUUGUAAAUUCUAAUCAUAUCGCGAGUUCUACUCCGGCAGAGAUAACUGGUGCUGCCGUUUGCACCUCAUCUGAUCAAAUAAGCUUUAUCUCCGGAAACCCCUUUGUUGAAGUUACGAAAGGCAUCCUCCAUCUCUUUAAGGAGGAUGAAUUGACUGAAAUGCAUUGUGCCGCGGAUCGCAGUCAUACUAUCUGUAUUUUGUCGGUACCAGCAACAAUGACUUGUCACGAUCUUUUAACUUUCACAGCAGCUUGUCAUCAAGACAUACAAUACUUUAGAAUCCUCAGAGACGGCAGUCCAAAUCAGUAUAUGGCUUUGAUCACCUUUAGAUCAUCGAGCGCAGCAAGCGAGUUCUACGAAACCUUCAAUGGUGCUCCUUACAACUCUCUAGAACCAGAUGUGGUUUGCCACAUGGUAUUUGUAUCCCGAGUCGAAAUAGGGAACAAUGGAAUGCCCCUGAGUGGACACACAGAAUUGCCAUCGUGUCCCGUUUGUCUUGAAAGAAUGGAUGAGAGUGUGGAUGGAAUCCUGACAAUAUUGUGCAAUCAUACUUUCCACUCCAGCUGCCUCGUUAAAUGGGGUGACACAUCCUGUCCAAUCUGUCGAUACGCCCAAACACCAGAGCCACUGGCAGAUAGUCGUUGCAUGGAAUGUGUUGCAGAUGCCAGCAAUGAUGCUUUAUGGAUUUGCUUGAUCUGUGGUCACAUAGGCUGCUCACGUUAUCAUCAAGGUCAUGCAUUUGAACACUACCGGGAUACACACCAUUGCUACGCGAUGCAGUUAGGCAACAAUCGCGUCUGGGAUUACGUAGGCGACAAUUUUGUGCAUCGGUUAUUACAGGACAAAGAUGGUAAAAUGGUAGAAGGUGGCUGCUCAACAACCAAGAGUGAGGGUGCCGCUGUGGAGGAUAAGGUAGAUUCAGUACAGUUAGAGUUCACGUAUUUGCUAACGUCACAGUUGGAAACGCAACGACAAUACUAUGAAGAAAGGCUCAAUCGUUCAGAACAACGCUCCAUAGCAGAGCUUACCGAGCUGAGAGAUAAACUGGAACAAAUACUUGAGGAAAAUUCACAGCUUAAGAAACAAUUCGCGACGUUCAAUAGCGACAAGCAAACGCUGGACAAGCGUCUACAACAUUCUACCAAUAAAUUGGCACAAAUACAAGUGGAAUUAACAGAAGAAAAAGAUCUGCGAGAGGCUCUACAAUUGAAUCAGACUUCGUGGCAAACAAAAUAUAAGACAUUACAAGACGAACUGUCCGCCAAAGAAGCAGAGAUCACUGAUUUAAAAGAGCAGAAUCGGGAUCUCAUGUUUUUUCUUGAGGCUCAAAAACAAAUUGACGAAUCCGUCAAUCGAGACGAGAUCGCUACUGGUCGUAUCGUUAUUCCUUUAAGCCCUAAAAGCGGGAAAUCAUCCGGAUCUCGCGGACGUAAAAAAAGGCAUUAACUUGAUCAAAACUUGGAGGACUAAAUCCGAGAACUGUGAGACCUGGAAACGAUUUCUCUGAAAAGUGAGGCUAAAGACCUCUUUAGGUCCGUUGCGCCGUAAAAGAAGAAAAAGAACUUCAUCGAAGAUUAUUAAACACUUAAACUUGAAAUCCUUUUGAUCUAUUUAGACCUAAAUCUUUUCCAAUUAUCAUUUGAGAAUUCUCUUCAUCAAUAUAUAAAAGAAAAUGCAAAACGCAACGUUCUGAAUUAGAAGAACGAUUAGUGAGGGAAAAGCGCCAUACAUAAAAAAAGAGUGUACUGAAGUUAAUUUUUAAAAUAUGCAA